CAAAAAUCCAGAAGUUAAAUUUUUUCCUUCUUCAUUUUGUGAAAAAAUCUAUAAGGAUGGUAGAAAAUUUAUUAAAUCAGAAAAUUGAGAAUCUAGCCUUAACUUCUGACAAUGAACAAGAGCAACUGAGUCACGAAGAGUACGCUAGAUACGGUCGUCAAAUGAUUUUGCCUGAAAUUGGAUUGCCUGGUCAACUUGCAUUGAAGAAUUCGUCCGUUUUGAUUAUUGGCGUCGGUGGGUUAGGAUGUCCUGCGGCUCAAUACAUAGCUGCGGCAGGAAUUGGAACCAUAGGUUUAUUAGACGGUGACGUUGUUGAUAAAAAUAAUCUUCAUCGUCAAGUUAUUCAUUCCACCAGUAAGGAAGGGAUGCCGAAAGCUUUGUCUGCCAAGCAAUUUCUUCAAGAUUUGAAUCCACACGCUAAAAUAAAUACUUACGUGGAAUAUGCAUCUCCUCAAAAUCUAUUUGAAAUCGUUGCAGCAUACGAUAUUAUUUUAGACUGCACAGAUAAUCAAUUUACACGCUAUUUGAUAUCAGAUGUCUGUGUUUGGAAUGAAAAGCCACUUAUUUCUGCCUCAGCCCUUCAAUUUGAAGGACAACUCUGUGUCUAUAAUUAUUGCAAUGGUCCGUGUUACCGCUGUAUGUUUCCAAAUCCUGCUCCUGUAGUUACUAGUUGUGCCAAAUCUGGAAUUCUCGGACCUGUUGUUGGUACCAUGGGUACCAUGCAGGCUUUGGAAACGAUCAAAUUAGCAUUAAGUAUGAAGGGAAUUAAUAAAGAACCGUUUAUUCCUUUUAUCCUCCUUUUCCAUGCGUUUAGAUUCCCUCAAUGGAAGCAUAUUCGCAUUCGUUCGCGUCAACAGUCUUGUGAAUCUUGCGGCCCCCAUAAAGUUUUAACUCGUUCUUUUAUUGAAUCCUCUCCUUCCGAAUAUGUAACUCGUUGUGAUGCUACUCCAAAGGCUGCUAAGAGUUUGAAUCCCAUAAAGCGAAUUACUCCAAAAGAGUUGUCACGUUUGAUCGAAGAAUCGCCCAGUAUGUCAUUUCUGGACGUUCGUGAACCAGUCCAGUAUGGUAUUUGCAAUCUUCCUUUGUUCAAAAAUGUACCAUUGUCAGAAGUUGAUUCUCUCCAUGAUCUGUCUGGAAGAGUAUGCGUAAUAUGUCGAAGUGGGAAUACGUCGCAGGGCGCGGUUAGAAAACUUCAAGAAUUGAACCCUGAUGCUGAAAUUUUUGAUGUAAUUUCUGGUUUACAAGGUUGGUCAAAAGAAGUUGACCCUCUAUUCCCGUUAUACUAGUCAAGUAAAUUCGUUCUUUAGCACGGUCUAUCAUGUAACUUUCAAAGGUUUGGCAUUUUAUUAGAAUAUUGAUUAAAUAAGAACUUAAUGAGAUAUUGAUUAAUUUUUGAAAUAAAGAGAUCUAAUAAAAUAAUCAAAAACAAAUAAAUAGGAACUAAAUGAUAAUUAUUUC